AACGUCACAUGAGAGCAAAAAGAAAGCGAAGCGGACUCGAAUCGCGGUGAAAAACAUUUUCCAAGAGCAUUCUGGUUGAACUCGCUUGUCGAACGGUAAAAAUUGCGCGAAAAAGUACGUGUGCGGUGCUUUGAAAAUCCGGCGACCUGUUAGUGAUACUUAAUUAGGUGGUAAUUAGUGCAAAAAGUAUCCUAAGGUGGAGCUCGAGCCUUUGAAAAAGAUGCAUCAAUCGGAAAAAGUGUCGAAAACGGAUACCUAGUCAUCAUUAGUGCUGAAAACGUCGGGCUUGAAGUUCAUCGGAGCCUAUACUAGUUCCUUGUGGUCACCGGUUUCUACCAGCUAGCAGUUCUCAUGGAAGCGAGGAGCAAAACCUGUCUGUUCUGCCUAAAGCCCCGGCAAAUUCUGGUGGACAACCCAAGCACCGCCAAAUCCAUCACAGAAAUUUAUAACAUUCAGCUUCCUCAAGAUGGGUGCCGAAUUUGCAUCGAGUGUCAUUUCAACAUUGCACGGGUUCAAGAAUUCAAACGAACCAUUGAAAAUGCUGCCGAUUUCGACGUGGACAGCUGCUUCGUGUGCAAAUCCGAGAACACCGUCAACGAACCCGGUGUGGACAGGGUGGUUGAUUAUCUCAUAAAGCAGUGCACGACGAUCGACUUCGGAAAGACGGACACGAUCAAGGCGUGUGUAACGUGCAUGCAUGUGCUGGAGACCAGCAUAAAGUAUGAGAAAAUGGCCCGAAACUAUGCCACCGCCCAACGCUUCUGCAAACAGUAUUCUACAUUGAAGGAAUGUAACGUUGCACUGUGGAAGAUCGAUUUGGAUGCCCUGGGCGAGAUUUGCGACGACGGCGUUGGCAGUAGUGCAAAGAAGUCCAAGAGCAAAAAGAACAACAAACGUGCUCGGGGUUCCAACGGUGGGGACGAAGGCCCGGCAAAGAAAUCAAAGCUAGAGGACGGGUCUGUGCUUCCGGUCAUGCUGACCAAAUUGACCCCAACCGGAGCGAAGAAGGCGUCUCCUCCGGGAUCGAAAGGAAAAGGUUUGAAGCAAAGUGACAAAAUCUUCAUAAAACUUCCGCUGUUCACUAAACCGAAGAAAAAACUUCAACGGAAGAAAUUUGGCCCGCCACAUUCGCCAAGCCGAACUAUUCCCGCUACUCCGUCCGUGGAUGACCUCAACAAAAUUUUCCAAGUGGAACUUCGCCCACUGAAUAUCCGAAUAGAACACGUUGACCUGUCGCCCUAUUUGAACAAAACCAUCUCCCACGAUGCCGCAAUCCGACAGUUGCGGAAACCCAAAAAGGAGGAAUUCAUCGGACUGGACGAGGAGGACGUGGUUGAGCUGCAAAAUACCAGCAUGAACAGUUCUAUUAGUAAGCGGAAAAGUAUACUCAUAACCGAUCGAACGGAAAGUCCAAACUCGGCGAAGAAAAAAGUUCAAUUUUCCGACUCUCCCAGUAUCAAAUACGUGGACAAGAUAGACUUUACCGACGACGAGAACGGUACAAAGGACAAGUCUGACGAUGACGAAGACUAUGAAGUGAAAAAGAGCAAGAAGCGGGGUCCUAAGCCGCAGAAUGGCGCUUUGCCUAGUACGCCAGAAAACGGAAAACCACGUCCCAAAGGAAGGCCGAAGAAAACCAGUGAGAACGGUGAAGACACUGAGAAGGAGGCAGCGGACACGGCGAAUGAUAGCGGAGCUAAAGGCGAUAACGAGGAUGACACGAAAAACAGCGAAAAAGUAGUAGCGGAGGACAGUGUUAAGAACGAUGCAGAUUCGAGCCAGCAGCAGGAAGAGCAGAAAGCAGAAGGCGAAGAAGGAAAAGCAUUCUCUGAAGAAAAGCCUGAAGAAGAGAAAAAGAGUGACGAGCAUGAAAACCCCGAUACUACUAGUGAACCUCAACCCGAAACUCCAGCAGAAGACGAACCUGCCGCCACUGAAGCGGUUAAAACACCUCCUGCUGAAGUCCCUGCGGCGGUAGCUGCAAUGGAGACCGAGGAUGCAGAUUCUUCAGAAUCAAUGAAGGUAGAUCAGACUGAUCAGGCACCGGUAGACGCCGAAAUGAAAGCCGUUGAUUCGCCGGAAGACGUAGAGAUGACGGAAUCAAAAUCCCCUCCGACUGAAGACGUUGAAAUGAAGGAGGCCGAGAGUACGAGUCCUGAACCGGCAGAAACUGAGAAAGAACCCAGCUUAAGCAAUGAAGCUCCUCAAGAACCCACGGAAAAGAUAGAUCAGCAGGCUGAUAAACCUGAUGAAUGUAACAGCACAAAAGAAGAAGAACCUGCAGCCGAUUUUGAAACGUCUGACAAAGAGGAAGAGGAAAUGGAGAAGUUCAAACAAACUCUUACCAACAUUUUAGGAGAGGAAAUUUCCGACUCCGAUCAAGGUUUAAGCCAAGAUGGCCAGGAGAAUGAGACUACGAAGCCAGCCGAGGAAAAACAACACGAGGAACCCGAACCAGCAGCAUCAAGUGAGCCAGCCGAGAAAGAAGAACAAAAAGCGGAAUCACAAGAAAACACCGAUCCUCAACCACCAGCACCCGCAAACGAUUCGAACAAACAACCAGCAGGUAACGAAUCUCCCGAAAAGAAGAAUCAGUCGUUCACUUCACUGGACGACGUGGACGAUAUUUCCGAUGAUGAUGACAUCCUUGAUCAACUGGACGAUGAUGCCGACGUUGGCCGGAAGCGGUCGCCAGAUCUGCCUCCUCUAGGCGAGGAUAGUCUUUAGGGACAUUUGUGUAGGCCAUAAGGACAUCGAGAUUUAUGUUUAUUAUUUUUUUUUUCUUUUUUGAGUUUAAUGUUUUAUCCUAUGACCGCCGGGGGAAUGAAAUCCGACGGCGAUAUUAUGCGCUUUUGGCGACACGACAAAUUUGUACACAAUUAUGAAAAAAUGGUUGAAUUUAGAUUCUGGAAAAAAAGCAAACCGCGAAUUAGUCCACGGAAAAUUUUACACUUUAAAUUAAUUCAACUGCGAAAUAUAGUGCGGACACAAACUUUAGAUGUAAAGUGUAAAUGUUCUAGAUACAUCAGAUGACUUGUAGAGGAACAGAUGGCAUUACAAAUACAAAAAUACUGAAUUAAGUUUCCACAA